UCAGUUUCAGUUGCUGCCAGCAUUUGUCGUACACAGCGCGCGCAUCCAACGAGAAAAUUGCAACCGUUAUUCGUAAGGACAAAAUAAAGGCAUACGGCAAAAAAAAAAGAAAAAAAAAACACACACACAACACGCAAAAACGAAGAAAAAUUAAGAAAGAAGAAACAAAAAAGGAAUACAGGAACAACUUAAAACCACAAGUGGUAGUAGACACAAGAGUUGAACAAUAAGCGCAACAAAACGAAAAUGGUAAAACGCCAAAGAUGAACGUUUCAAGCUGUCGCAGCAAGCACCAAGAAGCAAGCAGCAGUUGUGGAAUUAUUGUGUUGUAUUGUGGCAUAUGGAGAUGAAAGAAAAAAUGGACAUUCAAAUUUGUAGUCUUUGCGAUGCAUCCUAGUGCAUGUGUAUAUGUAUAUACAACGUGUGUGUCUGUGUGUGUGAGUGGCGUUGUCGUUGUGUGGGUGGGAAGUGGAUGCGCCAUUUAAAGUACGAAAAGUUUUUCAAGGAAAACGGAUACACACUGUUUGAACUUUUUGAAGGUGCAAAAUGCAAGAGCUGUAUUUGUGUAUGUGUGCUUCUUUUUUUUCGUAUUUUGUUUUGUUGUCGCUCAAGUGGGCGUGUGAGUCAUGAUCAGAGCGGGACAAAGACAAGUGCAAGUGGUCGCCAAGAGCAACAGCAAUACACAUAUGCAUAUGUAAAUACAUGUGCGAGUGUGUGUGUGUGUGCGUGUUGUUAGCACGCGAGCCGUUACUUAAGCUAGGCCUAUGGAUGGGCAAAUGUUAACAAUAUGGCAGCAAUAUGGCGAUAAAUGCAUAUAUCGUCUCCAAUAAAUACAUAUAUCGAUUUUACUCCAGCAGGCGUUGGCGCUAAUCGAGUUGAUGUUGAUGACAUGCAAGAAGAGCAACAACAACAACAACAAAUUCGCGCCUACCAUACGCAUUUACAACUGAGCAGCAGCAAACGCACGCACGCAGUAGUACAAUAAAUAAGCCAGUAUUAAAUAUAAGGAACAGGAAGGAGUCAACACAUCCAAAAGCAACAGCGCCAAGCUAAAGCUAGAGAGCAAGAGCGAGAGAGAGAGAGAGUGAGAGUCGUGCACGCACAGACGUACGUACAUGUGUGUGUGUGCGUGUGUGGGCGCCUUUUCAAUAUGGAAGACCUUUUUCUGCUAAUUAUCAAGGAGUCAACGGGCACCAAGCACAACGCGUUGCGACAAACGGCGCAAAUUGCUUAUGAUAAACUUUAUCGACAGCAUGGCAUACACAGGGAUCCAUCGCAUGAGCUGCGCUCCGUUUGCUUUACGGCACUGCAAAUGGCCUUGGACACGAAGCGGCCAAAGUUCAUCACAAUGGGGCUCAAUGGUCUGCAUCGCGUCAUCAAGGACGAACGCUUCUACAUUGGCCUGGAGCCGGAGGACGAUUCGGUGUGGCUGCCAUCGCAGCUGCUGCGUGCCACAAAUGGCAUCCUGCCAUCGACGAGCAGCGAGGACACCGUGGUGAAUGUGCUGCGCCUCUUCCUGGCCAUGGCCUGCUCACCGGCCUGCACCCUCAAUGGCCGCCUCCUCAUCGAGAUACUCUCACGGUGCGGCGAAUGCUGGGAGAUGGGCUCCAGGGCCACGAAGGCCGCCUCCUUGGCGGCAGCCUCGCAAUGUCUGCGCACAUUUUGCGCCUUCCUCAUCGAGGAGGCCGAGGAGGUGAAGAAAACAGCGCCAGCUGGCCUCAUGACACAGACUCAGGCGUCAGCCGUCUACAAUGAGGUGAUACCGGUGAUGCAGUGGCUCUGCAGUCGCCUUGUCGAGCCAAACGUGAACAAUGCGUCGCCGAAUAAGAAAUGCGAGAAUCCCAGCUCAUUGUAUCUAACCGAAUGCAUCUUGACACUCAGCUCCGCGCUGCCUCGCAAUGUCCACGCGAAUCCCCACUUCACCUCGUUUCUCUGGCAAAAGUUUUGCCCCACUCUAGCGGCUGCAUUGGGCUCGCCGGGUCGCAUUAAUCUGGACAAAAAGUUCACCUACAAAGAUGCACUGCACAUGAUUGAGAAUGAGGCACGCGGCUUCUUCACCGGUCCCGGCUUGGAUGGACCGCAGGCGCGUUGCGUAUAUUUGACCGCUAUCCAGCUGCUGCGUAUUGCUGGCGCCCAUGGCUCGCUGCGACCGAUGCUGGAGGCGUUGUUCCAUCGCAUGGUGCUGUUGCCAGCACCGCUGAACCGCACCGAGCCGCUGCGAUGUGUGCGGGAGAUCUUCAAGAGUCCGGAGCGUCUCAUCGAUCUGGCUGUCAUACUGUAUGUGGACAAGAACACGGCGCAGGGCUGCAGCGAUGAGAUGGCUCUGUUUCGACUGUUGGUCGAUGCCAUGGAGGAGUGUGCCUAUGGGGCGAGUGCGGGCAGCGCCACCGAGGCUAGUCUCCAGGCGAGCGUGGAGUGCAUGGUGGCGCUGUUGGAUAGCUUGCAGGUGCUGUGCAGCGGCGAACUGACCGAGUCCAUGAUCAGCGAUCAGAUUGUGCAGGUGGUGAAUGCACGGCACGAUCUGCUCAAGGAUGCCGACUACUCGGGUCCAUUGACCUAUCAGAGCAUGGCACGUUUGCCGGCGCCGUAUCGCGAUGCGAUUGUUGAGUUCCGUCAGAACGUGUUCGAGACGUCGUCGGGAUCGGAGAGCGAAUGCGAACCGCCGCACGAAACGGAUGCGGCGUCCAAUGGCUCAGGCGACACUGAGGGACCCGAAGACGAUGAGCCCAGCAGCUCGUCGGACGAGACGUCGCGUGUGGAGAAUCGCUGGCCGUACUCGCAUCUCGAGGCACCUGUGAUGCCCAUACGCACGGACAGCGACAACGAUCGUCAGCAUGCCCGGGACUUUGCCAAGGCACUGCGACAGGAUCUGGUGCCGAAGCUGUUGCGUUUACGGAGUUGCAUUGAGCUCGACGAGGCGAUGCAGGAGUUUGCCUCGGCCGUGUGCCAGGAGAACAGCAUGAACUUCUCCGACUUUGAUUACAAUCUGACCGCGAUCAAUGCCGAUGGCAUUUAUCUGGCCAUCUACUCAUCGCUGUUGCUCAGCCUGCAGCUGAUGCGCGCCGGUUACUACGAUCAACAGGCGUCCAAGGACAUUCUGGUGCCGAUGUCGGAGCAACAGUUUGUCACCUCGGUGCAGAAUACCGGAGUGUUGGUCUAUCUAUCGUCACCCUGGCUUUGUGAGCUGUAUCAGUCGGUGAUUGUGUGCAACAUUUUGGAGGCGAUGUCGCGACAACAGCUCGAGGGCAAUGGACCCCGAUGUGCCUUGGUCGAUAUGCUCUGCGAUGCCGGCGGCUUGGCCAGCACUCAAAUGCUCUCCGAGUGGCAGCGUCUGCAGACGGCAACGGUGAAGCACAGCGAUGAUGAGCAGCAUGACAAGCGACGCGAGGCUGCGAAGAAGCUGUGUCGUCGCCUAUUGACCUGCUGCUGGGAUUCCAUGGUGAUUGUGCUUAGCUCGGGUCUGGGUGAUCUUCAGAGCACCGCCUCCAACAAACUGGUGGCACUCUCCAAGCGCACGCUGCGCGUCAAGGCCAAGGCCAACAAGUCCAAUGGCGAGGCCUUGUAUGCCAUGUGCCUGGAUGGCCUGCAUUCGGCGGCCACGUUGAGCAAUAGCUUGAAUCUGCAACACUUGGCUGGCAAAAUACUCAAUCUGUUGGCCUCGAACGUCUGCCAGACGAGCGGACCUCGCAUCUCGGCCAGCCAAGCGAUGUCCAUGGAUGUCGUGCUCACCGGUGGCCUCAAUCUCGGCAGCUACAGCGCCGAUUGCUGGCAGAGCAUCUUCGCCGUCUGUCGCCAUGUCAGCCAGCUGGAGCAUGAGAUCUUCAGCAUGCAGAAUCCAUCGAUCGCCGCCUCGCCCGGCAGCAGUCGACGGGAUUUGGAGACGGGCGAGAAGUUGAACAAUGGCAAUGCCCAAGACAAGUUGAAUCUUUCCUCCAUACCCAUCGACGAUGAUGAAACGUGCGUGGACGUCUACAGUUUCCUACAGGCGCCAUUGCAGAGCCCCAACACGAAUAUCACAUCCAUAUUGAAGGUCUACUCGGGCACCAACGAGACGGUGCUGCUCAGCCAAAGCGAUACCUCGAAGGUGCUCUGCGCUCUCUCCCACCAGGCCGAGAAUCUGUUCAGCGAUGCGGCCGAGCGUCUCAGUCUGCCAUCGCUGUGUCAAUUCCUGAAGCACUUGUGCCGCGCUUCUCGCGAUCAGCUGUACAAGAGUCAGGUGGCACGCAAGGGCGGCGGCACACGGAUCUGGUGGCCCAGCAAGGGGUGGAAGAAGCUGGACUCGUUGCCGAUGUCGCUGCUGUUGCAUCGCAUUGGCGAUGUGACGCUCAAAGUAUUUCGCAGUUCGCGACCCUUGCUGCAUGUGCUCAAAGUUUGGGCCAUCACCGGGCCGCAUCUGAUGGAUGCUGCCUGUCAUCGAGAUCGCAUGAUCUCGAAGCGGGCCAUCGAGUAUAUACACGAUAUAAUCACCGCAUUGCUGGUGGAACAAUCGGAGUUGCCGUACUUCCACUUCAACGAGGCAUUGCUGAAGCCCUUUGAGAAUCUGCUGAGCAUGGACACUUGCGAUGUGGACGUACAGGAUCAGAUUGUGGCCUGUCUCUACGAGAUUGUCGAGGCGCAUCGCACCGAAAUCCGUUCCGGCUGGCGACCAUUGUUUGGCACAUUGCGCAACGCACGAAGUCGCAUGCUGAACAUGAGCAACAUCAUUGAUAUCUUUCGGGUGUUCCUCGAUUCCGAUAAUACGUUAGUGUUUGCCAACGCUGGACUCGAUUGCAUACUCUGUCUGCUCUCGUACCUGGAGAUCUCGGGCGGUGGUGGACCCAAUAACAAUGCCUGCGGCGAUGACAACGAUAACAACACGUUUAGGCCAACGGAUUUCCUGCAUGAAACGCUGCGCUUUUUGGAACGCUGCUCCAGCAUUUUGGGCUUCAUGUACAGCAUGCCCAAGUGUCCGAAUUUCCACUCGACCUACAAGAUCAAGGGCAUCUCAUACACGCAUAUCAUAGACGCCAACAUACCCAGCUCCAUGGAGAAUUUCACAUAUUUUGGCAACGAUUAUCUGCAAACAAAGAACGAGCAGUAUAUGAUCUCGUAUCGAUCGCUGCACAUCGACAAGGAUACGAUUGUGAAGAUCGAUGAAAUGGACAAGCCAUCGGGGGUGCUGAAAGUGUGGUUCCUGCUGCUCGAUGGUCUCACGAACUCGCUGAUCGUUUGUCCCUAUUCACAUCAGGCGCCCAUCUUGCAGACGAUCUUCAAGCUCUUCAAGAAUCUGCUUUCGACGCCAGGCAUUGAUUUUGGCUUCUAUUGCAUCAAUCACCUGUUGAUACCGAUGAUACAGGACUGGUUGCGUUACAUCAACAAGACGGCAGCCAGCUGGCAGUUGAUUGAGAAGAACUUUAAGCACUGCUGUUGCAUGACCACCGAUCUCGUUGUGGAGUUCAUUGAGAAGUCCGUGCCCGAACAGCGACGUCUGGGCGCCAGCACAAAGACGCGUCUGGCACAGAUAGUGCAUCCCGCCGAUAAUCUGAUCUACUCGAAGCUGAAGUUUGUCACCGAACAGGUGCCAGCAGCCGAACAGUUGCAGCAACAGCAACAGCAGCAACAACAGCAUCAACAACACAGCAACAUGCAAUAUGACAGCAGCUCGAGUUCGGCGAGUGAUGAGCACAACAAUUCCAACUGCAACUCGAAUUCAAAUUCGAAUGCAACGAAUGUGAAUGUCAAUCACAAUCUCAUUGAAUCGCCCACAAAGAUCUCUAGCUCGGCAACGUUGGCGCUGAAGCAACUGUUGCUCGUGCUCAUCGAGUGCGCGGCCCAAUCCCAAGAGGCAAUUGCUCGCAUCUCGGUGUCCUGUCUGAAGCACGUCAUACUCUCCACGGGCAUGCUGUUCAACGAAUCACAAUGGAUGAUCGCCUGCUCGGCGAUACAUCGCGCCUGCACCGUGACCAUUGCACCACUGCGUCAACUCUCGUUCGCCUUCCACGAGAAAUCGAACAGCUUCUAUGGCGAUUGUGCCAACGUUAAGGUUGCGGCACGUCGCGACAGCACACUCGAGGAGCUGGCCCGCAUCUAUGCCCUCGCUCAGCAGGUCUUCCUCUCCGACAAUCAACGUGAACCCCAACAGACGCCCGGCGGUGCCAACGGACAAGCGACUACGCCCACAACGCCGGGAGUGGGUCAAGGGAAGAGCGGCAGCUGUGCAUCGAGUGCUUCGGCGCAGCUCUCGGAUGAUCGCAGCUAUUCGUUUCUGCUCUAUCCGCUGAACAAUGGCUUCAACUCGAAUCUGGAUAACUUUGUCAUACGCAUUCCCUUCAAGAAUCUGGUUGUCGGACUCCUCGCCAAUCAAAUGUUGCUGCAACUGGUUGCCAAGUUGCUGCUGUCGCGUCUCAAAUGUGUGCCCCAAGCGGUGUCCACGUGCAUCUUUGAUAAUUAUGCCGCUUCGGCUGCAACGCCCAGUCACGAUUACGAUCUGGACUUUCGCUCCAAGGAGAUUCUGCUGCGUUGCGUCAAACAGUAUCUGAUGUCGGCGCUGGAGUUUGAUUCGCGUCCCGGCCUCAAGUUCCUCAUGCAAAAGGUCUCGAAUAUUGAGUACGCCGCCAAUUUGUACAAGCAAAUGACAUCGUCGUGGAUGAUUUACUACAUUGCCUUGGUGGACUCGCAUCUCAACGAUAUUGUCGUCUACAAUCUGGGCGCGGAGGAUCUCAAUUUCAUACUGGAAUCGUGCUCGCGACUGAAUACGACCACCGUGAAGAAGAAGGAGAACUUUGUGCGGUAUUUGUUCUGCCUGCAGGAUGCUUGGAAUCUGGUCUGUGAACUUUAUCUCAGCAAUUCGGCGUUGCAUGACAUUGAGAAUGGCAAGCUGAGAGCACAACAGAAGCUGCCCAUGCACCUGACCACCAAAUCCAUGUGCAUUGCUCUCAAUGGCAACGGCGAUGCGGCAAGCAGCAGCAGCGGUGGCAGCAGCAACUCGAAUAAUCAUGGCGGCAUCGAUGGCAAUGCGGAUGGCUGCAAUGGUUCAACCACAUCGCCCAGCAAGUGUGUGCAGCUCGAAGAGGAGAACGUGACGAUGACGACGUUGAUUAGCGAAUUUCAGCCCAAGUGCCGAAGCAAUCCCUUCGACACGAAUCGCCAGUCGGCGAAAACCGAACAGGAAUCAAUUUCACCGGAAAUUGAGCAACAGCGGGCCACGAGUAUUCUAAAGGACUCGAAUUAUAAACGCGCCGCAUUGGCCCAACUGGUGGUCGCCUCGAUGGAGCUGUUGCGUUCGCUGCCCAACGAGGCCGAGGAGAAUCUGAAGCUGCUGAUGACGCCCACCAUACGGGAGGCCUUUCGGCUCGUUCAGCUGCAGGGCAACGAGCUGAAGGUGAACCAGUUUUAGGCAAUGCUUGUUGAGUUUUAUUUUGAUCUGUAGGCGCACCCUACGCCCUCCCCGCUCUAACUCUGUCUCUAUAUCUCUCUCUUUUUUAGUUUGCCUCUGUCUCUCUCUCUCUCUUUUGGGUUUAACUGUAACCUAUGACUCAUGACCACGAAACACUCCCGAUUCCCUAAAAAUAUCCUUGUUGUCCUGAACUAAAUUGAAAGUGUUGCUUUUCUGAUCUGUUCAGAUCAAGACUACGUUUAUAUCGCACGCUCUCACUCUCUCUCUCUCUCUCUGUCUGUCUGUCUCUCUCACACACCCACAAACACACACCACACGUACACAAACAUAUAUUUCGACCAACCGAAUCAACUAACCAACCAACCAACCGCCGCCGCCGCCGCCCCGCCCGUCUGACACAGCACAGCAGGCAAAACCAUUUCAAAGUAAAAGCUCAACAUGUCGGCACAAAAAGUAAAAGUAAAGAAAACAAAACAAAAACAACUGAACGAAAGUACAACUCGAAAGCUGCUCACCGAAGCUGAGGAGAAACUAUAUAUACAUAGUAGUAGAUCAUCGUGAUCUCGAAAAUAUCGGAUCACAAUGAUAUUGAUGUUGAUGUAGAUGAUGCAGCAGCAGCAGCGUAAACAACGUAGUCCUGUACAUUGUAACUACUUAGCAACCCUGGCACUUUACUUCAAAAUUCCCCUAGGAAAAAAAAAACGACAACACUAUCCAACACAACCAAGCACUAUCCAUGUUAGCCCAUAUAGUCGUCUCUCUCUCUCUCUCUCUCUCUCUGUAUUUUUAAUGUGCACUUCCAAACAGCUGUAAAGUUCCUUUUUUUUCAAUCUCUCUCACUCACACCUUUCUCACUCUCAAACUCUUUCUCUCUCUCUCUCCGUCUGUCUCUUUCUAUUUGUUUUUUGCUUAGCACUUUGCUAAUACGUAAUGUAAAAUCAAAAAAUGUCGCAAAUCGCAAAUAUUUUAUAAUAGUGGAACAUGUGUACUAUAUCAUCGAUCGCUAUUAUGUGUUGUGCCUAUGUAGCUAACCUAAAAACAAAAAACGAAAAACAAAAAAAUGAAGCAAAACGAAAAAGAAAACUAAUCAAUAUUUUUGAUGGCCGUCGAAUUGAAUGUAUGUCAGCCUAUAUAUAUAUAUAUAUAUAUACACUAUAUAGAUACCAUAUAUAUAACUUAUAUAUCUUAGACGUAAGUACAACAAACGCUUCAAACUCCUGUAUAGCCAGAUAUCAUUUCACGCGUUACUAAUAUACUAUAUGUAUAACUUAUAUGAAGGAAAGAGAAAAACUGUAUUCGAAAUUCGAGCAGUUCCUAAAUUGCAUAAAUUAUAUUUCAGCUCAAUGUUAUAUACAUGAAAAUUAAGUGUAAACUGUAUUAUAGUGAAUAAUUUGCAUAGUAUUACAAUCUAUUAUACAUACAUACAUAUAUAUAUAAAUGGAUAUAUAAACGUAAACAUAUAGCGAAUGUUAACUAACACAAAAUCAGUGCCGCCCAUUAAUCCACGAUUACCACCAUUAAAGAUUAGUCAAACACACACACACAUACAUAUGUACAACACACACACACACAGACACACAGUAGUAGUCCCGCGCUGCCUUUAAACUAGCAUACAUCUUGUACCAGUGUGCGUACCUAAGAGAAACACCUUACAAACCUUACCAACAUACAACAAAAAAAAAAAAAAAAAAAACUUGAAAAAAAAACAGUCGAGUGUGCUCGACUGUCACAUACUCGCUAUCCAUACAACUUUGAAAUUUAUUGUCCGCUGAUCAAUUCUGAAUUCUGAAUGUCACAUAACUAUAUCAGAUAGCGGAUAUGAAAUGAAAAUAAAUCUCAGACACUUUGCACUAUCUCGUCGCUUCUUAGCCUCCGUUCCGAUAAAAAAAAAACAAAAACAAAACAAACACUUCAUAGCUUUAAAGUUCGUUUCCGCCUCCCUUGAAAUUUCUAGAAUACAUGCAUACGUACACAUACAUACAUGAAACUAUAUAUACAUACAUAUAAUAAUGAAGAUAUAUGCCCUAGUUAUAUGCCUGCAAAGAGUUAUAUACUUAUACAGACGAAACAUAUAUAUAUAUAUAUAAAUAUAUAUGUAUAAAUGUACUUAUAUGUAAUAUAGUUGCCUUCGGGAAAUAUAUAUACUCCAUGUUGUAAAUGUCCAAAAGAAAACAAAAACCAUUUUUAUAUACUAUAUGCCGACUACAUUACUACAAAUCUAUACAUUCUUAUACAUACUAUAUAUACAAACAUAUAUAUAUAAACUAUAUGAUAUAUAUUUUGUCGCUUCUUAUGUUAAUUCUCUCUUUCUCUUUCGCUCCAACUCUUUAACUUGUAUUAUCUUGUAACUAUUCUAUUUAUAAGUGCGAAGAGUAUCCAUAAUAAUUGUUGAUAGCAGAGAAUAAUGUGAAGAAUCAGAAUGACAAUGCUGAAGUAAAGAGAUCGAAUAAGAAUGAACGAAGCGAACUCAAAAGUAUGAGAAAUUAUUCGAAAAAACGCAAAAAAAAAAACAUUAAAAAACACAAAUGAAGAAAGGCAAGCUACUUAAUAUAUGUACUUUAA